UUUCCCUCGGACCACUCUAUUUACCAAUCGGAUACCUGUAACCUCAAUAUGCGUGGAGAUGGGAUACGGGCCCGGAGUUCGAUCCAUCGUUCAAGAAGUCCGCCUCGCUAGAUGUAGAUGCAAAUAUCGACCUCAUUUGUGUCCUUCCUUCGUAUGCAGAGGGGGCCGCACUAUACGCGCCUGCCAAAGGAUGGCGUUCGUAUUAUUACUAUCGAUUGCAGAUUAAAAAUGCGACGAAUUGGUGUAAAUCGAGCAGCCAUAGCUACAAGUAAUAAGGACCGGCGCAGCAGCAAUAAGCGCCCAAGAAAAGCACAAAAGGAAGCGCACUCCCAAUCCGACUGGACUUUACUCUUACACUCUUUCCUGGCUGCUCACAUCAAGCAUCCACUCCGCGCAAGAUCAACGGCAUAGCAAACAUGCGUCCCUCCUCCACCGCUCUCCUCCUCGGAGGCUUCUUGGCCACCGUAGUAUCCGCCCAAGGGGAGCAAUUCUGGACCAACGAGAAAAACGGUCGUGUGCAAGCGUGCUUCCGCGAAGGAAACGACUGGUACUUCUGCACGGUCGCUCUGGCGGGCUCAUGGCGAGACUACAAGCAAAAACUCGCAGUUGGCGAUGGCUACUACAUUCAAAUGAACGCCAACGGCAACGGCCUAGCCAACAUUACAUCGGACAAUGGAUGCUUCAAGGGACACUGCAUGCCCGAAUACGACUAUGAUGAACGGAAGAGAAUAUGCGACGUGAUCACCGACUCGCCGAAUUGCUGAAUAAGACACACACGGUGGAAUACUGUCUUAACUCUGCGAGCAAUUGCCUCCUUGAAUGCAUCGGGAUUGUGCCGAUGGAACGAGCGAUUUGUCGACCGUCCAGGGGAAAAUAAAAUAUCGCCGUGGAG